AUGUCAGGAAACAAUAUCAAGGUCGUUUGUCGUUUCCGUCCACAAAACUCGCUGGAGAUAAGAGAAGGCGGUGUGCCCAUCAUUGACAUUGGCGAUGAAGGAUCCUCUCUCGAGCUCAAGGGCAAGGAUUUCCAAGGCCACUUUGCAUUCGAUAAGGUGUAUGGCAGCGACACGGCACAAAAAGACGUGUUUGACUAUUCCGUCAAGAGUAUUGUCGAUGAUGUUACUGCUGGAUACAAUGGCACCGUAUUUGCAUAUGGUCAAACGGGUUCGGGUAAAACCUAUACGAUGAUGGGCGCCGAUAUCGACGAUGAAAAGACCAAAGGCAUUACACCUCGUAUCGUUGAGCAAAUCUUUACCAGCAUCAUGGAAUCGCCGAGCAACAUUGAAUUCACAGUGCGAGUGUCGUACAUGGAAAUCUACAUGGAGCGAGUCCGAGAUUUACUAAACCCUUCCAGAGAUAACCUUCCAAUCCAUGAAGACAAGCAAAAGGGCAUCUACGUCAAAGAUCUACUUGAAGUCUAUGUCGGCUCCAGCGAAGAAGUGUACGAGGUCAUGCGACGUGGCGGUAACAAUCGUGUCGUUGCCUAUACAAACAUGAACGCUGAAAGCUCCCGAAGUCACUCCAUCGUCCAAAUCACCAUCACUCAAAAGAAUGUGGAUACCGGUGCUGCCAAGAGUGGCAAACUGUACCUGGUUGAUUUGGCUGGUUCCGAAAAGGUGGGCAAAACGGGUGCUUCUGGCCAAACAUUGGAAGAGGCCAAAAAGAUCAACAAGUCGCUUACAGCUCUUGGUAUGGUCAUUAAUGCUCUCACCGAUGGCAAGUCGAGCCACAUUCCCUAUCGUGAUUCGAAGCUUACGCGUAUCUUGCAAGAGUCAUUGGGUGGUAACUCGCGUACCACGUUGAUCAUCAACUGCUCGCCAUCCUCGUAUAAUGAAGCUGAAACCCUCUCCACCCUCCGUUUCGGUGUACGUGCCAAGACUAUCAAGAACAAGGCCAAGGUCAAUGCCGACUUGUCACCUGCUGAACUUAAGGCUUUGCUCAAAAAGGUCAAGUCAGAGGCUGUCACGUUCCAAUCCUACAUUGCUGCUCUUGAAGGCGAAGUCAACAUCUGGCGUACCGGCAACAAGGUGCCUGAAGACAAGUGGGUCACCAUGGAUAAGGUUUCCAAAGGCGAUUUCAAGGCAUUGCCUCCCGCUCCAGGAUUUAAAAAUCCUGCUGUCACCGAGGAAAUGUCUCGUCCUUCCACACCAGCCGUUGUUUUGGAAAAGGAUGAGCGUGAAGAAUACAUGAAACGUGAAAACGAGCUCACCGAUCAAAUCGCUGAAAAGGAAAGCGAGCUUGCCGAAAGAGAAAAGCUACUUGAAUCACUCAAGGAGGAGAUGACUUAUUACAAGGAACAAGAGCAAUUGGUCACCAAAGAGAACCAAGAAAUGACAUCCGAAUUGAGCGAUUUGCGUUUGCAGCUGCAAAAGAUUUCUUAUGAGAGCAAAGAGAAUGCCAUCACCGUUGAAUCACUCAAAGAAGCCAACCAAGACCUGAUAGCCGAAUUGGAAGAGCUUAAAAAGAACUUGGCUGAAGUCCGAAGCGCUCAAAAGGAUGCCACUGGUACCGACAAGGAAAAGAAAAAGGCUGAAAAGAUGGCUCAGAUGAUGUCUGGUUUUGACCCAUCGAACCAAAUCAAUGAAAAGGAGCGUCAAAUCAGAGAUGCUCUUAGCAAGUUGGAUGGUGACAAUAUCAGCACGGAUGAGUUGGUGGCCUUACGACGGGAGUUAGCCGAGUCUAAUGUCCUCGUUGAUCAACACACCAAGACCAUCAACGACCUUCAUUUCGAAAAAGAGGCCAUUGAGCGUAAAAAGAACGACUUGGAGGCACGCGUUGCUGGAUUAGAGAAGGAUUAUGAGGAAUUGUUGCACAAGACGAUCGCACAAGAGGAAUCCGGUACCAAAGCAAAGAACGAGCAAAUGGUAUCUGAUAUCAAGAGCAAGAUGGAAGCGACGCAUCUCGCACAAAAGGAGGCACAUCAAAAGGAGAUUGAUGAACUCAAGAAAGAAUUGGAUCUCAAGUCUGAAACCCGUGAGCGUAUCAGCAAUGCCAUGGUGGAUCUCAAGGCUGCCAUUGAAGAGCUUCAGGGCAAAUUAUCUGAGCAAUCACCUCCACCUGCUGCCAAUGGAGAAUUGAGUGAGAAGGAAAAGGAUCUUGAGCGUAUGCGAAAGUCUAUGGCCCAACAAUUGGCCGACUUUGAAGUCAUGAAGAAGGCGUUGAUGCGUGAUUUGCAAAGUCGCUGUGAACGUGUGGUCGAGCUUGAAAUGUCGCUUGAUGAGACGAGAGAACACUACAACAAUGUCCUUAAAGCCAGCAACAACAAGGCCCAGCAAAAGAAAAUGGCUUUCCUUGAACGCAAUCUUGAGCAACUCACCAAUGUACAAAAGCAGCUUGUGGAUCAAAAUGCAUCACUCAAGAAGGAAGUUGCUUUGGCUGAGCGCAAACUGAUUGCUCGUAACGAACGCAUUCAAAGCUUGGAGACUUUGUUGCAGGAUGCUCAAGAGAAACUUAUUACGCAAAACCAAAAGUUUGAAGCACAAUUGACCGCUGUCCGUGAACGAUUGGAACAAGCUCGCACACAACAAAAGUCGCAAGGACCUAUGGGAGCUCUUUCUUUUGGACGCAUUGCAAAGCCCCUUCGAGGCGGUGCAGCAGCUGUAGCACCUGAAGAAUCCAUGGUGGAAUCUCCUACCCGUGAUAAGCGUACUUCGUGGAUCAGUGGCUUCAUGAACUCGCGAUAG